AGAACGAGGCUGUUCAAAAAUGGGUCAUUGCCGAAGUUAUGAAAUAUAAAUAGAGGAGCGAGUCAGGGUCACUGUCAAGAAGGCUACAGUCAGUUUUUGGGCAAGAAUUUCGCUCUCUUUAUUUCAACUUUAACAAGCUGUGUUUGGCCAUGAAUUUUCGCCAAUGCUGCAAAUGUCUGUCCUCUUCACAGCGACGAUUUACUCUCGACACUGUGAGCUCAAUUUGUCGUGUUCAGCAAUGGCGAUAUUUCCAAACAGUCCGACCAACCUUCGCGUCAAAUUCUGGGGAUAGGAUAAUUGAUUUCCCCGAUAUGGGCCCUACAAUACCAGAGUACAAGAAAAAGGAAAACGAAGAUUUGCAAAAGAAGCGAGCAAGACUGUUUUACCAGAGCAGGAAACGUGGAAUGAGUGAAAAUGGCUUGCUGUUGAGUACAUUUGCUACCCUGCAACUCCAUAAACUAGAAGAAAGGCUUCUCGAUCAGUAUGACAAAUUAAUCAAUAAACCAUCAAAUGAUUGGGAGAUUUUCUAUUGGAUGACAGAAAAGAAACCCACACCUGAUGAAUAUAACAAUGAAAUCAUGAACAUGUUAAAGAAGCAUGCAAAAAAUGAAAAAAUGGAAAUGCGUCAUAAACAGCCAGACUUGGAUGUAAAAACGACACCUAUGGCAUCAAAAGAGUAAAUUUAGAGAGUGUUUAUGUCGUGUUACACCUUGGAAAUUCAUUAAUUGAUAAACAUUUUUUUAUUUUAUUUAAAUGCUGAGUUUUGCAAGGACAAAGCUUUAUCCACAUCUUCUUUUCCA